UCCCGUCGAUGGUUGUUUAGCAGUAUAUACACACACGGGACCUCUGUAUCUUUGUAAGGUUCCAUGGCGCAGUCACGAGUUACCGAUUUUUUCGCUCAGAGUAAGCGGGCGGCGGAUCCUCAGAGUUCCAAGCGGAGGAAGCUGCAGAUAUUACCGAGUGCUCCACGCACUACUACACGCAGUCGGGCUUCAAAAGCGCAGCAAGCGGUUCCGGAGAUUAUUGACAAUUUACUGCAGCCUCCAAGUAGCGAUACAUUGGGAAAGUUAGAGCAGUUGCUGCAGCCUCCCACAACCCCUGAACGACCAUGCCGCUUGGAAAGUCCUCCAGUGCUGAGCAGGAGCGCCAAGAAGCGGCAGCGACUCGAUUCCGAGACCCCGGAGCUACAAGUCAAGAAAUCCGCCAGAAAAAAGCUUAGGUUGCCCGAGGAGGAGUCUCAUCAGCAGGGGUUCAGCCCAUCCUCAAAAGUAGACUUGAAAUGUCUGACCUCACCAUCCUUGGGGAAGAGUAUGAAAGACCUGGUUAAUGUCACUUUGUCUCCAGUCCUGAAAUCCAAUGGGCUGAAAAGCAACCCAACCACACCGGAGGCCACGGUCCCAACAAAGGAAAAUCUUCUAGAACUAAAAUCUCGGCUUCAGCGGAUUCAGGAAUUGACCCAAAAAGUUAAACUUCCUGCUUCUGAAAGCAAUGUUUCUGUCACAGACCUAAAGGCCAGACUUAAACGUGCAAAGGAAUUAGAAUCAAAGAUCCGGGAGAACAACUCUGCAGAAAAGUCUGAGACUCAGAAUCUUGUGCAGAUAAGUAAAGAUGGCACUAAUGAGAAGGCUCCCGCUUACCAGCGUUUCCAUACUCUUGCCCAGGAUACGCCCCCAGGUUUAUCUUUGCCUUAUAAAUACAAACUUCUGGCAGAAAUGUUCCGCAGCAUGGAUACAAUUGUGAGCAUGCUCUUCAACCGUUCCGAAACAAUAACCUUCUCCAAAGUCAAACAGGGAGUUCAGGACAUGAUGCGGAAGCAAUUUGAGGAGCGUAAUGUUGGGCAGAUCAAGACAGUCUAUCCAACUGCAUAUAGAUUUAGACAGGAAAAGAAUAUUCCAACCUUCAAGGAUGGAGUGAAGAAAACAGAUUAUCAGCUUACUGUUGAACCGCUAGUCAAAGCUGAAGACAAAUUGGAUGGACGUCUGCAACUCACUGUCACUCGCUUGCUGGAGCGAAGACGUACAUUUAACAAGAAUCUCACCAAUAUAGUCAAACACCACCACAAGGUUUUCCUGUCAACACUUAGCCCCCCAAUGGUGGUGCCUGAUGAAAAGUUAACCCGCUGGCACCCACGUUUUAAUGUUGAUGAGGUGCCUGAUGUAGUAUCUGCAGAACUCCCAUUGCCACCCUAUGUUGAAAAAAUAACCACAGCGCAGGAUGUAUUGUCCAAAGCACGGGGCAUGAUGACACCAAAGAUGGAGAAGGCUCUUGCAAACCUGGCAUUAAGAACGGCUGAAAACGGUGUAGUGCAACAAACGCCUGUGGAGCCAGCCAAACCAGCACAACCAACUGCACCUUCAAAUGCCCUUAAAGGAGUAUCUCAGUCUCUACUGGAAAGGAUACGGGCUAAAGAAGCACAGAAGCUACAAUCUAUGAUGACUCGGAGACCACAGCAGGAAGAGAGACUACUAAUGAUGUCUAGACUGCCUGAGUUGGCUCGAAUCCUGCGUAAUGUGUUUGUGGCUGAAAAGAAACCAGCCUUGACCAUAGAGGUGACCUGCAACAGGAUGACUGUCAGCUACCGCUCCUCAAUGACAGCUGGGGAAAUGGAAAAACAUCUUGGCUUAUUAUCAGAGCUGCUUCCUGACUGGCUUGGCGUCCAUCCAGUACGCAGUGAUACUUACUACAAACUGAAUAAAUCUAUGGACCUCAAUCUAAUUUUAGAAAGACUUGCCAAAAAGAUGAAGGAAGAAGAAUCUCAGUGACAAUGUCAUUUUAAAACUAAAUUUCUUUUACCAUGACACUUUUUUAUUUUGGUUUUCUUAAGUUGAAUUAAGUGAACAUAACGCUGACAUUGUUCAACACUGGUUUUUUAUUUUUUAAAACAUGGAUAUGCUUGGUUGAAUCUUGGAGGUACAGCUCAAUAUGAAGACCGCAAAAACAAAAGGAUUAAACUUCUGAAUUUAAAAACCAGUGACUUCACGGCUAGUAUGGUCUUUUCACUUUUAUAGUGGACCAGUAUCUGUUACUAUUUGCAAGUUAGAUUAUUAAUGUAAUUCACAAGUUAUUAAUGAAGGUACUUUCACUACAAAAAUUUUUUACACCAUCUUUUUGAAGAGCUUGUGAAUAUUUAACCUUUCUGUCUAGCAUUCUUUUUAAUCAAGCUGAAGAAUAAAGGCAAGAUAACUAGAUUGCCUAAUGUAUUUCAUAAGUGUUUAUAGUUGGGAAUCAGAGUAAAUAAAAUACCUUAACAUCA